AUGAACAAAGCAGUCAACAGAGCCGGGACACAGCUCAACUCAGUGGAAAUGGAGGACCAGAGAUUAAAAGACAAGAGACCAGCUGUGGAACUGAUGGAAGUCAAAGUGGAUGUGCAAUCUGCAGAUCUGAAUUCUACUCACACUGACACAAGGCCUCAGAUUGAGGACAGGGAUCCCAAAGGAGUCAACACAAUUCUCAAGGUCACGUUUGAGGAUGUGAUUGCAGAGCCUCCCUCGGUGCGGAGCUUUGAUAAAGUGUGGUUUUGGAGUCACGCCCUGUUUGAGGUGUCCAGACUGUGGAUCUACCGCCUCAUCUCCCUCCUUCUGGCAGUGCCAGUCUCACUGGCUGCAGGGAUCCUCUUCGCUGUGCUCAGCUGCCUUCACAUAUGGUUGAUCAUGCCCUGUGUGCAGCUGCUUCUCAUCAACAUGCACUGGGUUCAGACUGUGUGGGGCAGCAUACUGAGCAUUCUCAUCAGCCCCUUUUUUACCAGUAUUGGAAAGUGCUGUGGACAAAUCACCAUCCAUGUGGCAAAAGAUCAAGACAGAUAG